GUUGUUGUGUUUCACUCAGUCAAUUUUGAUUUGUGUAAGUGAUGUAUUUGUGUGUUUGGACAAUUUAUUAGUGUUGAUUGUUAAUAAAAUUCAUGGUUUCUGUGAUACGGGAUCGGCAAAUGGCGCUACGAAUAGCCAAAGUUGACACAACUACGCGUUUAGAUGCCCUGUUCAUCUAAAAUUGCAAAUUUGGAAACACCCAGCGUGAUCUGUGAUAACAACAAAUAGUGGUGCAUCCUCAAAUUCCUGGUGUUACGCGUGUGGACAUAGCAACUGGGACAUCCAGCUUGGCGAUUAUAACGGUGUCAGCAUGUUGCGAUUUUUUUGGCGAGCGCACGGUCACUGACAUUAGCACCUACAAUGGACCAGCAAUUCUGCUUGCGCUGGAACAACCACCCGAACAACCUGACUGAUGUACUUGCAAGCCUGCUGCAGAGAGAGGCCCUCUGUGAUGUCACUCUGGCCUGUGAUGGUGAGACCGUCAAGGCACACCAGACAAUAUUGUCGGCCUGCUCACCAUAUUUUGAAAGUAUAUUCCUGCAAAACUCGCACCCACAUCCAAUAAUAUUCCUGAAAGAUGUUCGGUACUCAGAGAUGAAAUCACUAUUGGACUUCAUGUAUAAGGGUGAAGUAAAUGUUGGCCAAAAUAUGCUACCUAUGUUCCUAAAAACUGCUGAAAGUCUACAAGUUAGAGGUUUGACAGAAAACAAUACAUUGAAUCCUAAGACAGAAGACCGCUCAACGCCAUCAGUGAGCGCGGAGAACCUAUCAUCUCGCGGGGAAUUCGCGACUCCUCCCGCGGCGCACUGCGCGCCCGCCCUCACGCCGCUGCCCGCCGCGCCCGUACCGCCGGCUCAUCCGCAUGCGCCAUUAGAGAAACGACGCAGAAAGAACUCUGCAGUGCCCAGGGAAGAAGUGGAACACUCCUAUAGGCAUUAUGAGACGCACCUAAAAUCCGUGAAAAGCGGUUCAACGGGCUCCGGUUCGGAGCCGUCCACUCCCCCUCCCGCGCACGCGGCGGCGCGCGUCCCCCCGCGCUCGCCGCACACGCCGCUCGUCAAGCAGGAGCCGGAGCCCUACCACGGGCCGCCGCCGCCGCACGCGCCGAUACAACACCCGCCUACCCACUUCGAGCAGACGCAUCUUACGGGUAUGGAGAUGGCAUCGAUGUUGACCCAGCACCCACUCGGCAACGAAUGCAAUGAAAACGAGCCAAUGCUACAACCUCCCCCAGACCCCAAUGACACAAUAGAUGGGUACGGUGGCAGUGACCGCUCGCUGGUUGCAGGCUCGAAGGGCUGGCACAUGCGGCUGACGUUCGAGCGGGUGGCGGGCGGCCUGAACCUGCACCGCUGCAAGCUGUGCGGCAAGGUGGUGACGCACAUCCGCAACCACUACCACGUGCACUUCCCGGGCCGCUUCGAGUGCCCUCUGUGCCGCGCCACGUACACGCGCUCCGACAACCUGCGCACGCACUGCAAGUUCAAGCACCCCGCCUACAACCCCGACACGCGCAAGUUCGAGCCGCCGCCCGCGCCCGCGCCGCCGCACGCGCCGCUCUUCGCCAACCACCUGGACGCGGGCUUCGACUGAUUGUCCAUGUACUGGCUGGGCAUGGACGCUCUGUGAGCGCCGCCGGCCAGACUCUCCUUGUUGAUGUGUCAAAAUUUUAACAGACCGUCUCGCGUCGGAACCGCUUCCUACUUAGGAUUAAGCUGAAGUGCUAUUACUUAACGGGCCUUCUCGUCGCCCGCCCGCUCGGGCGACUCGUUUAGUAUUGUCUCGGUUGUGCGUUAAACUUGCCCCAGUGUGACCUUGUAUAGAUUCCACGUCAGGAAUAUAACUAAUUAUGUCGAUGUUACUGAAUUAAUGACUCGAAGCGUAUAUAACUAGGUAAGCAAAUUUUUCUAUACCAAUCGCUAUACGGGAACGGGCAAAAGCAAUAAUAUGAUGUUAAUUUUAUUACCAUAUUAUUUUUUAUAUUAUAUCGAUAGGAAUCUUAAGCUAUUUAAGAAAUAUACAUUAUAUUGAGUAGCGGUGCGACCGCGAAGUGAUGCUGGCUAUUUCGGUGGCACGACGGGUGUCCACACUUUCUUGUUAUAUUUAUUCAUUAGAUAGGAAAUUAUGAGUUUCCUGUAGCCAAUUGUAUUUAUGUUAUUUAUCAUCGUACGGGUGGUGCGCGAACGACAUCUAAGGAGGAUACAGAGGACUGUCAGAGAUUGUGAUCUGUCGUUGGUCAACGACAUAUAAAUAAUGACUGAAUCUCACUGUAGAUGCAUUUGUAACUCCAUGAGGCCUUUGCAAGAUGGAUAAAUUUAAGGUUUGUGAUGUAUUAAAGGAUAGCGCCUAAGCAAACAUACGAAAAGAUUUUUAUACUAGACUAGUUGAUCUAUUUACGGAGAUUGUUUUUUUUAUACUUAGAUAUAUUCUAUGUCUGAUUUAAUAUACUUUUUAUAUUUAUAUAACUAUAUGAUUUAUUAGUGUUGUUUGUUUUUAUUCAGCAUAGUAACAUUGAUUUCGUUUAUAUUCAGUUGACGUUAGACGUAUGGACAUAAAAUGUUAACAUUUUUAAUUAUAUUUCGUUGGUAGGUGUUUAGUUGCGGCGGGCGGAGUGUGGCACUGCCGCCCGCCGGGUGCUGGGGUCAAAGACCUCUUUCAAUUACUAUAAGAUAGGAUGGAUCGUUUCGAGGUUGCGCAUUUAGUAACUAAUAUUGGCAUUCUACGAUUGGGACUAACCUAGCGUUUAUGUAUGUAUUUUUCAAUUAAGAUUUAAGAUUGUUACAUUUUUAGCUAAACACUUAGAGUGGUACGGUAACUGAAAUGUGAUAAAAUGGAAUGGUGCUAGAACCAAGAGUGUUAACACGCUACGAUUCGACUCCUAUUAUAAUAUUAUUAAUGGUUUUAAUGAUUAGUUAUUUUGCAUUAUAAUGUAAGGCAUCUAGCAUCCAGUUGAGGUCGCAUCAGUCUGGUCAAAGGGUAAAUUACCAGGGAUCGUUAAACUCCUAGAGAUUACAGUAUCACUCGAGAUUUUACCUUCGUUUUUUCAAGAGAUCUUCAAUUUUACUAAUAAAUAUAAAAUAAUAAUAAGACCACGUUCGAAUCUGAUUGACUACCAAAUAUAAGAAAGUUCGCUGUCCGUUUGAAGUAACGGUAUCCCCGUAGAACCUUGAUCGUUUCCGAGAGCUAAGUUGUGGUGUUAGUGCUAUUUAGAAGCUGUGAACAAUUUCACAUGUGCAAUUUUUGAAAAUAGUCAUAACUCAUAGAUAGAUUUUACAAUUGUCUAUUGAAUAUAGGGGCCCACCUGAAAUAGGCACUAAGCUCCCUCGUCUCUAUAAUAUUAUUAUAACAUAAAAUCACCAAACAUAUGUAAUGUACUUCCACAAAGAUUUUUAUAUUUACUUUAAGGAUAUCAAAGAUUUUUAUACCUACUGUUCAAUAUAUUGGGGGCGCUUAUUAUUUGAUAGCAUUUCAUACUCAGUGCAAUAUUACUAGUUGUUUAAUUACGUAACCAAGCUAAAGGAUAUUUUAAAAGUAAUAUAAUUAAUGUCUUCGAAGAGAGUUAACUACCUAUUUGUAUUAACAUAUAAGUGAACUACUCCUAAUUUCUUACUACCUAGUGACAGUUUGGGUUACGGUGAUGUACAGGUUUUAUAGCUGGUAAUAUUAAUAAUUAGCUUGUUUACCUCUGCCAAUCGUAAUAGUUAUGUACUAUUUAAUAAUUUAUUAUCGCGCAAGUGGAGUCUUGUUGACGUAGAUCAUAGCUAUCCGGUACGGGUUCCAAGGCGCGUCGCCGCGUCAAACGCUUCAUCUAAUCAUGAAUGCAUUUUUAUAUUACUAUCACUCGAGACCAAUUUUUAAUAUUGAAUUUGCUAUAGCAAAUUGAUUGAUUAGUAACAUAGAAUAUUAUUUUAGAUAUUUUAGCUUAGGAUACUUGAUAGUGUCUGGCCAGAAUAUUUUGGAGUAUCACAUCGUUUGGCUCAGAAAAUAUCUACCUUUGAUCUCUUUUCGGCUUUCAGGAAGUAUGCAACUUAAUUAUUGUAUGGUGACCACGUAAUUGGACUUAAUGAAAGCUAACUUUAUGCCAUAUGGAAUUUAUACAUAAGGUUAACGAAUUACUAAAUUUAGUCUUAUGAAAAUUGAGGUCUUGUGGACCUAGUCACUUAUUUGGCCAAUCUAUUGAAUAUUCCAAUUUAUUGUAUAUUAAAAUUUUACAAUUUGUAUCGCAAGGGAUGUGAUUUUAUCAUUUCGAAUCAAUGGAGUGCAGGAUAAGCUCUGGUUAUUUCAGGAUAGCAAUGGUCUAGAUUUUAUUUUGUUUCCUCUAUAUACAUUAGCAAAUUUGUUAUAGUGUCGUAUAUCACAAUAGUGUAAUACUAAUAGGGAGGGGGUGUCAAAUCGCGUACCUAUCAGCUGACUAUUAUUAGUCUUGUUAUAUUAUUAUUAAAUGAAAUUUUAUGAACGAUAUGUUGUUUAUGAAUAUUUUGUUUGAUUUCUUGGUUUGAUGCCUCCGUUAAAGUUUAAUUUAAUAAUUUUGUUUUAUGCAAGCAGUUAAUGCAAUUUUUUUCACAUUGUUUGUUUGAUGUUAUGUAAUGCAAUUUUAACAUGUUGCAAACUCCUGCAUUUAUCUGUUGUAUUUAUUACUAAUUUUUACAUUAAAUUGUGGUAUGUUACAAUCCGUGUAGUUUCAGUUGUGCGCGUCACACGUCCCGCACCCACUCGCUGUAGUGUAGUCCCGACAGAGUCUAGCCCUAGCGUGAGCGCGG